AUGGGCCAUCUUUCUGUUCAGGCGGCGCAUGGCAUUCUGUGGCCAACUUAUGUGGUGGUCUUGAUUUCUGCGUUGGCUGUAGCUUACUGGUGCAGCGAUUCCAAGACUUUUUUGUCGGCCAAUAGGACCCAAAAAGCCAUUCCGCUGGCUUUCAAUUUUUUAGCGUCGUCUGUGGGUGUGGGAGCUCUCUCGACGUUUCCCAAAAUUGCGAAUGUGGACGGAUUACAAGGUCUGUUGGUAUACGCACUUUCGUGUGGUCUGCCCAUGUUUUUGUUUGCGUUUCUUGGGCCACGAAUCCGCAAGAAAGUUCCCGACGGCUUUGUUUUGACAGAAUGGGUUUUCCAGCGCUAUGGGUAUGUUUGUGGGCUGUAUAUGAGCGCAUGCACUAUUUUGACCUUGUUUUUGUUCAUGGUCAGCGAAAUUGCGUCUUUGAAAUACUGUAUUGAGACGCUGACCAGCAUUAAGGCUUUGCCCGUUAUCAUCGUGGAAUGUGUGGUGACAACGAUCUAUACAUCUUUCGGUGGGUUUCGCAUCUCUUUCUUGACAGAUACGUUGCAAGUCUCUAUUGUUUUCGUUCUGUUGAUCAUUGUCGCCAGCGCCAUGGGGAAAUAUGUGGAGGUCGACACUUCCAAAAUCGGUCCUUCUGGCUUGCUGAAAGGCAGUAAACUCGGGUAUCAGCUAAUCUACAUCCUCGUGGUUGCCGUCUUCACCAACGACUUUUUCAUGAGCGGUCUCUGGCUACGUACGUUCGCAGCAAGAACUGACAAGGAUCUUCUUAUCGGUUGCUCUAUCUCGUUUUUCCUCAUCACCGCAGUGCUAACGGUCAUCGGUGUCACUGGGUUUAUUGCAGUUUGGGCUGGUCUCGUCCAGGUUUACGACCCAGAGCUUUCAGAUUCCUGUUUUUUCGUUCUCCUGGCACAGAUGCCCUCAUGGGUGAUGGGGUUCGUGCUAGUAUUCGUCGCCGUCUUGUCCACCUGCACACUAGACACACUGCAAAGCGCUCUGGUCUCCACCAUUUCCAACGACAUCUUCCGCAACAAGCUGCCGCUACUGUACGUUCGCGGCAUGGUAGCAGUUAUCAUGGUUCCCGUUGUGGUGGUGGGAUUGAUCGCACAGGACGUGUUGAGUAUCUACUUAAUCGUCGACCUACUCUCGAGCUCUGUGGUUCCAGUGCUAAUGCUGGGACUAUUCAAAUACUGUGAUUUCAUGACCGCGUGGGAGGUGAUCGGAGGUGGUUUGGGUGGUAUACUGUCAGUGUGGAUUUUUGGCUCAGUUUACUACAAUUCCACCAAGGAAGGUGGCAGAUUGCUGCUGAUAUCAAACGGUCUCUACAACGACGACUGGGGCGCCUUUGGCGCUUUUGUCGUCGCACCUUUUGGAGGUAUUAUUUUUGGCCUCGCUGUGCUAGCUGUCAGAUGUGCCAUAGUAUACUUCAGAUGCCGCUAUAAUAACACCGACUUUGAAGUUUUCAAAGCCAAGCAUACUUAUAAGAAAGACCAGGAAGAGAGCGGUAGUCUAUUCGACACUCAAUCCAAAACUAACUACACAACUAAUACUCUGGAAGUGGCGGGAACGGCCUCCAACAGCCUAACUAAGUAA